AUGAAUGGUUUAGUUGAGAGACAAAACCAAGGUAUUCUCAGGGUUCUCCGCAUUGCGAAGGCAACGAAUAGCGAUUGGCGCAAAGCUAUAAAAGAUUACGUGUACAUGUACAACACUAGUCCUCAUUCUAUUACGGACCAACCUCCUAUGGAAUUAAUGACUGGGCGACCGGUAAAGGAUUUAAUACCAAGUUUCAGAACGGAUGCAAAUUGUAAUCGAAAUGAAGAUGUUCGAGAAAAGGAUGCAAUCAAGAAACUUCAAGGAAAGAUUUACGCGGAUGAGAAAAGACAUGCAAAACCCUCAGAAAUCAACGUUGGCGAUUUCGUGAUGCUCAAAAAUUAUGAAACCGGUAAGCUAGAGCCAAAGUUUCGUUUAGAGAAAUUCACCGUCGUGAAGAAAAACGGAAACGACACCGUUGUCGUCAAUGGGGAUGGAGUAAUGUACCGUCGAUCCGUUACUCAUUUAAGGAAGUGGCCUUCAACAAACAACGAUACAGCGGAGUCAUUGCCACAAAGACCUUUGAGCCUAGAGGGAAACAAAGAUCUAAAGGAAAAUGAUAAACGAGUACUGGAGGAUAUGGAGACUGACGAACCUGAAGCAGCAUCAAAACGACCAACUAGAACAAAAAAACUUCCAGAAAGGUUCAGAUAA